AUGACUUUGCCCUGGGUUCAACGUGGAAAGAGGCGUGCGAGCGAAGAAGUGUUAGGCGUGGCGUCGCUUUGCCGAAACCCAGCAAAUAUCCAAGUCGAAACCGAUGCCGGCUACAACCUCGCCAAGAUGUCCGACCUCAAGCCUGACAUGAGCGUUCAGGAGAAGCUAAUUUUAGGACUCCGAACUGGGUUACAACGCAGGGACGAGUACCGAGCCAAGGUUGAACAAGACCCAGCCCGUUUACGACAUGAAUCUCGAAACGAUAUCAUGGCUUUUGGUGGCAUCGAUAUGACCGACCUUGCCCUCGCCUUGCCGAAGUCAUUAAGACGGAAGGAAGUUAUCAACGCUGCUGAAGAUGAGAAACGGCGUUUGGGGUUUCCAUCCAUGGAAGUUACUCUACCAGACAGAAGCCCGCCUUAUGCCAACGAGUGGUGGGACAUGUAUAACGCUUACAUCAGAGUCAGAUCGAUGUUUGUUAUUCCCGGAGUAAUUGCUCGGCGGCGGGCCGAUCAGAUCAUGAAUAUCGAGUGGCAACCCAGCUACCACGGCAUGUCAAUGAACAAGAGCUUCAGCGCCUUUCAAGCCAGGUCUAUGGAAUUGAACGGUUAUCGGAGGCGUUCGAUACAGUACGUACAUUUCCAAAGGGAGAACAACGGGCAAAAGUCGUUUCCGGGGGGGGCCCUGGGUACUGAUGCAGGAGACGACGACGAUGACUCGAGUUUCACCACAGAGAGAUUCUUUGAACGUGAUCGGAAACACAAACUGUCAUUGAUAGACUUGGAUAUAUGGGUAUGCAUCGAGAUAACCAAGCCUCUGGCCCAAGUCAAUGGCCCAGCUCCGAUCGAACUGACACCAAUGCCACAAUCUUUCAUCAAGGUUGCUAUACCUUGUGACAGCAUCCUAGUAGUGGUGAACACCAGCAAGCCACUGCCCAUCAUGGAAGAGCAACUGGACAAGAUGGAACCUCCACAGCUUGGUGAUUUUGACAAGCUUACCAUUGGGAGGGUCGAUUCAGGUUUAGAGGAUGUGAAGAUGAGGCUGAAGAUUUCUGGAGACGGCGUGCCAAUCUUCGUGACCGGGUCCAAAAAGGGUUAUAUGCCGGAUGACAGCACACUUGACGACUUUCUCUGCGCAUCGGAUGUGACUGGUCUUCCCUGGAAAGAAACAGACAGGCGUGUCAGCAAGAGUACGUUGUUGCUGAGAAAGGCCGAGUUCUGGGACCGCUUUAAUUUGGCGGCAGACGCCGACAAAGUGCGGUGGGAAUCACUCCAGGACGCCAUGGCGAGCGAUGAGUGCAUCGUAGACAUUACCUUUGAGGGUGAUUGGCAAGAAUUUGCCCCGGUUGCUCGGGCGUCUCAGUCAAGGUGGACGCCUAUGCAGCAUGAGUCGUCGCAAUCUCAACAUAAUAUCAGGCCGCAAGGUCUGAUUAGAGGGCAAAAUAACAGACAUCAAGGCAACACGGCUCCUUCUAAAAGUUCUGGGCUUCGCAACGAAGUCCAUUGCGGACUGGCAGAGGCUCAGAAGGACUCUGAGGGCAACACCGGUGCCGGUGAACGGCAGACGGGUCGCAAGGCCCAGAUGUCCAACAUCGCGGCUGCCAAGACCGUCGCCGACAUUAUUCGAUCAUGCUUGGGUCCCAAGGCUAUGUUGAAGAUGCUCCUCGACCCCAUGGGCGGUAUCGUCCUUACCAACGAUGGCCAUGCCAUCCUCAGAGAGAUUGAGGUCUCGCACCCUGCAGCAAAGAGCAUGAUCGAGCUCAGCCGGACACAAGACGAAGAGGUUGGCGAUGGUACAACAACGGUCAUUAUUCUGGCUGGCGAGAUGCUUGCGCAGUCCCUCCCCCAGCUCGAGCGUAACAUUCACCCCGUCCAGAUCAUCGCCGCCUUCCGCCGCGCGCUGAAGGACGCCCUCGAGAUCGUCGACGAUAUCUCCCUCCCCAUCGAUGUCAACGACGACAAGGCCAUGCGCGGCCUCAUUUCCUCUUCUAUCGGCACCAAGUUCGUCUCGAGAUGGUCCGACCUGAUGUGCGACCUGGCUCUCCGCGCCGUCCGCACCGUCACCUGGGAGGCCGGCAACGGAAAAACCGAGGUCGACAUCAAGAGAUACGCACGUGUGGAGAAGGUGCCGGGCGGUGAGAUCGAGGACAGCAGAGUGCUAGACGGUGUCAUGCUCAACAAGGACAUCACCCAUCCCAAGAUGCGCCGGAGAAUAGAGAAUCCCAGAAUCGUCCUCCUCGACUGCCCCUUGGAGUACAAGAAGGGCGAGUCGCAGACCAAUAUCGAGAUUUCCAAGGAGGAGGACUGGAACCGUAUCCUGCAGAUUGAGGAGGAGCAGGUUAAGGCUAUGUGCGAGGGUAUUAUUGCUCUUAAGCCCGAUCUGGUCAUUACCGAGAAGGGUGUCUCAGAUCUCGCUCAGCACUACUUCAUGAAGGCUAACAUCACCGCCCUCCGCCGCGUUCGCAAGACGGACAACAACAGAAUAGCAAGAGCGACGGGCGCCACCAUUGUCAACCGCGUCGAUGACAUCCAGGACUCCGAUGUCGGCACGCUCUGCGGCCUGUUUGAGAUUGAGAAGAUUGGCGACGAGUACUUCACCUUCCUCACCGGAUGCAAGAACCCCAAGGCCUGCACAGUGCUCCUCCGCGGCCCGUCGAAGGACGUGCUCAACGAGAUUGAGCGUAACCUGCAGGAUGCCAUGGGUGUUGCUCGCAACGUCAUGUUCAACCCCAGACUCUCCCCCGGUGGUGGUGCUACUGAGAUGGCCGUCUCGGUGCGGUUGAGCCAGCUCGCAAAGGGCGUCGAGGGUGUCCAGCAAUGGCCGUACAAGGCCGUCGCUGACGCCCUUGAGGUUAUCCCCCGUACCUUGGUCCAGAACGCCGGUGCCAGCCCCGUCAGAGUACUGACUGACCUGCGCGCCAAGCACGCAGAGGGCAAGCACUCGUGGGGUAUCAACGGUGACUCUGGCGUUGUCGCCGACAUGAAGGAGUACGGUGUGUGGGAGCCGGAGGCUAUCAAGUUGCAGAGCAUCAAGACGGCGAUUGAGUCCGCUUGCUUGCUCCUCAGAGUAGACGACAUUUGCAGCGCAAGAAAGGCAGCGCAAAUGGGCAACGGCCUGCACGGAGGUGGCGACGAAUAA